GCCAUUGUGGAUUGAAAAGUGUCAACAAAGCGUCUUUUAUUCUCAAUUUUCUUCAAGAAACCUUACUUUGCGGCAGUUUUCACGGUGAAUUUCACAUGCAAAAGCAAGUUAAACUUUCAAAGAAGGUGGAUGCAGUGAAAAUUUCAAGAGAAUCGCGUAAAACAUUGUAUUUUCAAGGGAAUAUUGAGAGGUGACGCUUUUGAGGUUAUGUCAUUGAAGUGUAAAAACUUUUGGGCUAGAUUUUACAAGUUUUUGUGUUAAAAAACAAUGAAGUGUUGUGUUCCUGGAUGUACCAGUGCUAAUCUCAUCAAAGGAGGAAUAAAACUGAGGCAUCAUAGUUUCUUCAGAUUUCCUCCACUUGAGAAGGAAGAGAAGAAAUGGCGGGAGUUACUGCGAGUCAAAGCUGUGCCGGGUGUGUCACAGAAAAUCUGCGAAAAGCACUUCAAUCCGAAAUAUGUACAAGCAACACCAGAUGGGAAGAAGAGGCUGGCCUGGAAUGCUGUUCCGUCACCCGUGAAGGAAGUUGUACAGAAGGUGGUUCAGCUCAAGAGGAAACCACCGCAGGAAACGGAAAACUUCUACAAGGUCCUGGAGGAGUACAAGAGAGCCAAAGAGAAGUACUUCAGUUUGCUGGGGAUUCCGAAGGAAUUUGAAGAUGAUUUUGAUGAUUCUGAAUACUUUGGCAUUCAUUACGAUGGGCUACCAUGGUGGGCACGUCCUGUGGUAAUGCAAUGUUCAAAGAAUGACGAGGAUAUUGAUACAGAGCCGGGAAUUGAGGAGAAGAAGCAAUGCCAUUUAUGUGGGAAGUUUGAGAUGAACUAUGACCUCCAUAUGAUCCUAUUUCAUCAGCCGGACAUGGAUAUUGAGGAAGAGAUUCAGGAUGAGGUGCAAGAUGAUCAGCCUAUGGACUUUGAGGAGUACGAAGUCACUGUCCAGGAUGAAUCACAACAAAAUGAUGACAAUGACAUUCUGGAGGAUGAGAUUGUUGAGGAAAAACCAGAAAUCUCAAUGCCAGAUAAGCAGAAAACCGUACAAUCAAACAGGUACAUGUGCUCAUGCUCAAAGAUUGUCACCUCGAUUGAGAAUCUCGUGGAGCAUAUUCAGGCGGCCAUCAAGAGAGGAGCUCCGGGAACUCACAAUCUGGAAUGCAUGAAUUGUCAGUCUCAGUUCCGGGAUUUGAGCCUAUUCAAGCGACACAUCGAUGCCAAUGGUACCCUCUGCUUCAGAUCCACAAACCUGGUCCCGCAGGAUAUGCCUUCACUCACCGAAUUGAAGAAGACAAAGCUCGUGUCACUCCUGAAAGGGGCCAACAGCACCACAAGGAAGCGAGAAUGUGAAUUCUGUGGAAUUAUGUUCCCCUUCGGCCAGGCUUUCAUGGAUCACCAACGGACUGUGCAUGGCAUUGAUUCAGCCGAUGAACUGGUCAAAUUCCUCAUUCCACCAGUGGACAUCAAUCAUCUGGAUCAGGUUUAUACGCAAGAAAUUGAAGAGGAGGAAGCUGAAAAGACAAAGAGAGCCUACUACAGGGAGUAUGACAUCCCCAAAGAAUUUGUGCACGAUUUCGAUGAUCCGGAAGAUUUUGGGGUGCAUGAAGGCGUUCCAUGGUGGGCAAGACCCGUCAACGUGCAGCCAAAGGCUGCAAAGGUAUCAGCGGUCACUAAAAAGUCAAGAAAGUCAAACAAGGAGAAUCGUGGGAAAAAUGAUGAUUCGAAAGAAGAAGAAAAAGAAAUGGAGGAUGAGGAUGAAAAGAGUAGCCCAGUAAAAAUCACAACUGGAAGAGAUCGGAGGGAUUUGUGUCAGUACUGUGGGCAUAUUCGGGCUCACAUUCAGAAGCACAUCAAUUUGAGGCAUUUGACUCUGGAGAAACCCUGCGAUAAGUGCGGAAGUAUGAUAAGUGCAGUGAAGCCACAUGAUUGUCAGGCCUUUCCGCGCAGAAGGAAGAAGUGUAUGUGCACGUGCGGGGAGGAUUUCCUGCUGAUUGAAUCCCUACAUGCCCAUGUCAGUGUGGAGAAUGACAAGGGACGAUUCAAUCAUCAAUUUAAGUGUGUCAAAUGCAGCUAUAUCUGCAACACCAAGGCGGAAUUCUUUGUGCACGUUGAGUCCCACAAUGGCCAGUUCAAGUGUGGCAUAUGCUCGAAGGCUUUCAAGGCACAAAAUAUACUCAAAGCGCAUAUGAUGAAGCACACGGAGGUGCAGCAGAAGGUGACGUGCGAGAUCUGUGGGCAGAAAUUCCGGAAGCAGUACUAUUGCGAUAGGCACAUUGAUCAGGUGCACAAGGCUCUACCGGUGCCGUGUCCGCACUGCGAUGGGAUGUUCAAGGCUGGAAUUAGUCUCAAUAAUCACAUCAGGCGACAGCAUCAGAGACGUCGGGACUUUGUUUGUGAGGUGUGUCAGAGGACAUUCAAUCAGAUUGGAGCCCUCAAGUAUCAUCUGACUAUCCAUACGGGCGAACGGAAUCAUCCGUGUCCGUUCUGCCAGCAGAGUUUCAAGAGCAACAAGGAUCUACGAAGGCACUAUGCCAAUCAUAAGGAUCUCACCAUCAAGUGUCCGAUGUGCAAGAAUUACUUCCUGAAUGAGGAGGAACUGGAGCAUCACUGCAAUCGCUACCACAGUGUGGACACGAGCGUUGAGCAGGUCAUCCAGAUUGAUUAUGUCACGGAGGAGGUCGUAGACGACAUUGAUGGAUUUGAAUCUUCCAGUAGGCGGCGCUGCUUGUCAAAUUUGUUGCUAUUUUUCGAGUCUGCGGAGCUAAUAAGGGAUUCAGGGAUUUUCCUGUAUUCCCUGGGACUUGGAUCAUUGGGAAUUGUGAAAAGAUCAAGCACAGCUAUCAUAGAACCAAAAAGAAUAGUUAGAAAAGUAAAAGACCAAGGAAUUAUGGCGAAUUUAGUGAGGGCAGUGAAAGCAGGAGAUGCUUCCACUUUGGAAGCUUUCGAGCUGGAUUUUCAAUCCCUCUGUCGACUCUGUGGGAAUAUGAACAUCAAUCUCUUGUCUGUGUACGCAGAGGAUGGGGCAGAGACGGAACUCCUGCAGAAAAUAUCCAAUCAUCUCAACAUUUCGGUCUCCCUGGAAGAUGUCCUGCCCAAAAGACUCUGUAUCCAUUGUUCAAACACCCUAGCAUCCUGGCACAGCUUCUAUUUGAGCUGCCAAGAGACAAAUUCCAAGUUUCUUUCGAUGAUUGAAGUGCCCAAGGAAGCAGAAGAAACAGCAGAAGAGGUACUGGAAGAAGUGGAAGAUGUCGAAUUGGAGGACCAAAUAGAGUUUCUGAAGGAAGAAGAGAAUUUUGACAUCGUCCAGGAAGGAGAGUUUGAGGAGGAACUUGAGGAUGCAAGCAUUUUCACUUGCAGAUCUCCGGAUCAGCUCGCAACACUGUGCUUCAGAGAAUAUCCAGAGGGGGAAGUGGAUUUUAGUGAGGUGGAUGAGAAGAAAAUGGAUGAGAAAGAGAUUGAGACGUUUGAUUUGGAUGGAUCAGAGGAUCCGAGGGUGAAUGUGAGUGAGGAAGUAGAUCAAGCCCUCUAUCAGGGUCUCUUUUUCCGUCGUUGUGGAGUCCUACAGUGUCCAAGAUGCGAGCUGUCGUUCAAGCUUCGCAGAGAAUUUACGAAGCAUCUCGUUGACAUUCAUGGCUUCAGCGAAGAUGUUAAAGAUCGCCUCAAAAUCCGUCCAAAAAUUGAUCCGAAUGAAGUUAAAAGAAGUAAAGUCGCUCAUCGAGGCAAAACGGCAUACAAAUGCGGAGAUUGUGGGAAAAUUCUCAUGUCUCUGGAUACUUUUGUGUGGCACAGACAGAUCCACACAGGUCUCAAGUUAUUCACUUGUCCUGUUUGUGAGAAAUCCUUCAGAAUCCAUCAAGGACUCAAUCGGCACCUUCGAGAGGUUCAUUUGAAGGAGAAAAGCUACUCAUGUGAAUUUUGCAGCAAAUCCUUCUCAAAUUAUCACACAGCUUCAGAGCACAGAAGAUUGCACACAAAAUCCACUCCGUACGAGUGUGAGAUCUGCAGAAAGACCUUCAGGCAGAAGGCAGGAUUGUUCGUUCACCGGAAAAUCCAUGAUCCAGUUCAUCAGUACACCUGUGGAUGCUGCAAAAGAGGAUUCAGGGAAAAGUAUGCCCUGCAGCUUCACAUGAAAAUCCACACGGGCGAGAAGGAGCAUGAGUGUUCGAUUUGUGAGAAAAGAUUUCGGCUAAAGGCUGAACUGAAGCGUCACUGGAGCCUCCACAGCAAUGAGAAACCCUUCCAAUGUGAAAAUUGUUUGAUGUCCUUUCGCAUGAAGAGAUAUCUCAUGAGGCAUAUGAAGAGUCAUCAUCACAGUAUUUAAGGCGACGCCGGCUCCGUAGAAAAAAAUCCAAGAGACGCCUAAAGAAGUCCCUCUCAAAGAGUUGC